AUGGCUAUUCCACGAUCACAGUAUCUCUCCUCCGUUUGGCGCGAUGGCAUCUUCGAUGGCAAGGUCAUAUUCUGCACCGGCGGAGGCGGUACCAUAUGCUCAGCGCAGGUCCGCGCUAUGGUGCACCUCGGCGCGAAUGCCUGCAUCAUCGGUCGAAAUGUUGCGAAGACGGAGGCUAUGGCGAAAAGCAUUGCAACGGCGAGAAAAGGGGCGAAAGUUAUCGGAAUCGGAGAAGUUGACGUGAGACGCAUUGAUACAUUGGAGAAAGCAGUGGAACGAACUGUCAAAGAGUUGGGAGGCAUCGACUAUGUCAUUGCCGGUGCAGCUGGGAAUUUCUUGUCCCCAAUAUCGGGCCUUUCAGCAAAUGCUUUCAAGACCGUAAUCGACAUCGAUACCAUCGGCUCGUACAACACGCUAAAAGCCACCCUUCCUCAACUCCUCAUAUCUGCCGCCAAGAACCCGAAUACAGCUACCAAUCCGUCGACCGGUGGGCGUAUCAUAUUUAUUUCUGCCACAUUUCACUAUACUGGCAUGCCAUUGCAAACACAUGCGGCUGUUGCAAAAGCCGGCGUCGACGCUUUAUCUGCAAGCGUGGCUCUCGAAUAUGGGCCCCGAGGCAUUACGUCUAAUGUCUUGACCCCAGGUCCGAUUGCUGGAACAGAGGGUAUGGCGAGAUUGGGUGGCAGUCAACCUGAAGGCGCAGGAAACCCGUUGCAGAGGUGGGGAAGCGUCAAAGAGAUUGCGGAUGGGACAGUGUAUCUCUUCAGCGAUACUGGAAGCUACGUAAAUGGGGAGGUGCUGGUCGUUGAUGGUGGUGGCUGGCGUGCGCCUGCUUCUAUGGGUAGUCAAGAAAUGGCCUACCCGGGCUUUUUGUUGGCUGAUUUAUCUACGAAGGCAAAAUUAUAG